UCAAUUUUAUCAGCAAGACUAAAGAUAUUUAUAUUUUUUCAUUUAAAUCAAUGUAUGGAACAACGUUUUGAGACUUAAAUUUUCAUUGUUUCAUUGAGCUUUAUUAUUUUUACAUUGAUACAAUGUAUUGCUUACAUAAAUUAAAAGGAAACUGUGCUUGUUUCUUGUUUUGUUAUAGUUGUUGUUAUGAACUGCUUCAGGCAUAAAGUAAAUAAAAAGGGAUGUGUGUAUUUAAAGCUCAUCUUAGCCUUCCAAUUAGGAUAUACACAUGUACCAUGCCAAAUACAGUAGAUGUUAAAGCCAGAAUUGGUGACCUUGAAGCAUUCAAAGAGAAAGUGAAAGUUAAAAGCCAAUCUGAGGGAGAAAUCUUAGUUCAGGAGGACAUUUUCUUUAAUGUUCCCCAAGGAAGGUUAAAGUUACGGAAUACAGAAAACAAGAGAUCAGAGUUAUGUUUUUACGAGCGCCCUGAUCAGGAAGAGGGUAAGCUGAGUGACUUUGCCACCUCCUUUAUAAGUGAUCCAGUGGGUCUAAAGGAAACUUUGAAAAGAGCUCUUGGAAUAAAAGGAAUAUUGAAGAAUGUGCGGAACUACCAUCAGGUGGGCCAGACCAGAAUUCAUGUGGACCAUGGAAAAGGAGUCGGGAACUUUAUGGAAUUAGAGGUGGAGCUUAAAGAGGGACAGUCCUUAGAAGAGGGGCAGGAGGUUGCCAUGGCAUUGAUGGAGGAACUGGGCGUGCCCUCAGAUCAUCUUAUUUCCGUGGCCUACAUUGACCUUUUACUCCAAAAACAGACGGAGUAAUCUUCCUUUUUUUUUAAACACAAGUGCUACUUUUCUUUCUUUCUUUUAUUCCAAGACUUCUCAACUCCUGACAAAAUCUUCAUUUUGUCUUCAGAAUAUAAUGUACCAGCAGCUUCUAUACAAUAUUUUAAAAAUAUUUACCUGAUCAUAUUUUGUCAAUGAAAGUAAGUCUACUUGAAAAGAUUUAUCAUUAAACUAAUUAACGAACGUUGAGUGCACCAUUCCAAAGACAAUGAGUGAAUACUGUAUUAAAAAACAAUGCAAGAUGGCUGGAAUUAUUAACAUGGUUACUAUGACAAUAAUGUUGGGAAUCUUUCAAGUCAACAGCAAAGUAUUGUGAAUGUGAUUUGACAU